UCCACAUGCAAACCCUCGUGCAAACCCUGCAAAUCCACAUGCAAACCCUCAUGCAACUCGUGCAAAUCCUCAUGCAAACCCUCGUGCAAAUCCGCAUGCAAACCCUUGUGCAAACCCUCGUGCAAACCCUUGUGCAAGUCUGCGUGCAAACCCUUGUGCAAGUCC